AUGUACAGCUUUAUGGGCGGCGGUCUGUUCUGUGCCAUUGUGGGCAACAUCCUCAUAGUGGUCUCCACGGCGACAGACUACUGGAUGCAGUAUCGCCUGUCAGGCAGCUAUGCCCACCAGGGCCUGUGGAGGUACUGCAUGGCCAACAAGUGUUACAUGCAGACAGCAAGCAUAGCAUACUGGAAUGCCACACGUGCGUUCAUGAUCUUAUCAGGAAUGGCGUGUUUUGCGGGCAUCAUGGCAGGCAUCCUCUCAUUUGCCCAUUUUUCUGCCUUUGAGAGAUUCAGUCGUUCCUUCGCUGCAGGAAUCAUGUUCUUCAUCUCCACUUUCUUCGUGCUGCUGGCUAUGGCGAUCUACACCGGAGUAACCUUAAGCUUCCUGGGCAAGCGAUUCGGAGACUGGCGCUUCUCCUGGUCCUACAUACUGGGAUGGGUGGCCAUGCUCAUGACAUUCUUUGCAGGUAUAUUCUACAUGUGUGCCCACAGAAUGUAUGAAUCCAGGAGAGUGGUCGGAAGUCGCUAAUCUGAAAAAAGGAAAACUGCAAGCAGCAUAAUUUAGCAGAUAUACGAUGAA